UUCUAUUAAUUACAAAUCAGUGUCCCUCUCAUAACACCCCCUUCCUGCUUCCUCGCCGGCGUUCUUCCUCCGGAAUUCUUCUAAGCUUUUCUCCGAUUUUGAGGUUUUGUUAGUUGCUGGAGGACACUUGCUUAAGGUAAGGUUUUCAUCAAGUUCAUUGGGCGUGCAAGGGUUUCUGAAGAAAGAUGGCCAAGCAUCAUCCUGAUUUGAUUAUGUGCCGAAAGCAGCCUGGAAUAGCAAUUGGACGGCUCUGUGAGAAAUGUGAUGGAAAAUGUGUGAUCUGUGAUUCCUACGUGCGACCUUGCACCCUUGUCCGAGUUUGCGAUGAAUGCAACUAUGGAUCGUUCCAAGGUCGCUGUGUCAUAUGUGGAGGGGUGGGGAUCUCUGAUGCAUACUAUUGCAAAGAGUGCACACAGCAAGAAAAAGAUCGGGACGGCUGUCCGAAAAUAGUCAAUCUAGGAAGUGCAAAAACAGAUCUAUUCUAUGAACGCAAAAAAUAUGGUUUUAAGAAAAGAUGAUUCAAAAAGGAACCACAUACUUCUGGAGGCUGUUGGAUUUUGUGUUGUAAUAUGACAUUUUAGGUGGGUUGACAUAUCAAGUUGAGAUAUGGUGGGUUAGAACUUAGAAGCAUCUGAAGGAGCUUAAGAUCUUCUUAUUUCCUAAUAUAGCUUGUCAUCAUGUUUGGAGAUUUUGCUCAUCUGUUAAAAGGAUUGGCAUGCUUAUGCAUAUUUUAUGUUCCUGAUGCAGCUCUAAUUGA